AUGUCCGAGUCGGCGAGUACGGCGUCGAGCGACCUACAGCCACCGUUGGCGAGACCGUUGUCAGCCACCAGCUCGAGUGUAGCAUCGGUCCCUCACGAGCGUGCAGAGAAGGGCAAGCCUGAGGUCUCUUCGCAUCCCAUUAAAGAGGACGAUCUCGGACCCGAUACCCUCCCAAUCUACUUUUCCUUCUCCCCAACAACCAACCCUCUAGCCCUCUCUUCCCCACACACUUUCAUGCACGGCCUCCUCCAAGACGGCUCCCUGCACGGUCCCUUCGUCGCCCACCCCUCCGAAUCUUCCCUCCCGCACAUCAUCUCCCCCUCCGACCCCUCCUGGCACGGGGCCCCGGCACUCCCGAAGAGGAAGGACGACAAGUACAUCCAAGGCUUGAGAAAGCUUUAUCUCGAUGAAGCGCUGAGUCAUGGACAAGUAUGGGACGCGUUCAAAGGGAGAUUACAAAUCUAUCAAUCAAAGAAUCUGAUUUUCGAAGAACCUGUCAUUGUCAAAACCACCGACCCUUCUCGCUUCCCGCCUAAACCCCACCUGCCAGGCAUGUUCACCGAAACCGAAGCCCGACGGGCAAUCUUUCACGAGAGCAAGAUAUACACCGAUUAUCUGGGGAAUCUGCAGGGGAGCGUGGUGCCGGGGUCGUAUGGUCUUUGGGGCGGACGGCUAAAGUUUGAUGCGGAUGAUGAUGAUGAGGAGGAAGAGGAAGGCGGAGGGGGAGGGGAUUGUGAGGUUUGGGUAAUGAUUCUGGAGAAUUGUGGAAUGCCUGUCGACGUUGCGCGGCUAUCCGAAUCCGACAAAGAACAAAUCCUCUCCCACUACACCGCCCUCCACACCUCCGGCAGCUUACACGGCGAUCCCAACCCGCGCCAUUGGCGAUACCACCCCGCCGGCGGGAUCCGUAUCAUCGAUUUCGACUCUGCCAUCGUCUUGCCGACGCAUACUGGCAAGACGAAGAUGAAGGGGGAUGGGAGAAAGGCGAGGAUGAUGGUGGAGGAUGAGAUGGAUCUUGUCAAGCAUGUGUUGAUUGGGGAUGAUGAGCACUGGUAUGUGUGA